CAUUACUCCAUCUAAAGCAGCAUGGAUCAGUAUGAGGACAGAGAGGAGGGAACCCUUCCCUCUAAAAGCUCUCUGUGUGGGGAACAUGACAGCCAGACCAAAGCUGAGAGGAGGCAGCACAGACCAGACUCUGCUGGACCAGAGCAUGAUCCUGGAUCUGGAUCCUUCAAGAACGACCGGUCAAAGGGUGUCAUUGUUCAUUUAAAACAACAACAUUUAUCUGAUAAAAACAUCCAUCAGAGACCAGACUCUGCUAGACCUGAACCCAGCUGUGUGUCCUUCAAGAGCAACCGGUCAAAGGGCGUCAUUGUUAAUUUAAAACAACAACAUUCAUCUGAUAGAAAAGUGGACCAGAAGAGCUCAGAGAUUUCCAAUGGUCAAUCUGCCCAGCAGCACCAAACAAACCUGGACUCCAUAUUUGUGCUGCUGGAAGAGAACAUCGUUCAUUUUGUAAAGGCCGAGUUGAAGAAGAUGCAGAAAGAUCUGAAUUCAGAUCACUCGGAAUACUUAGAAAGUCAGAGGGAGGAUGAGAAGGAGUUGGAUAAGGAGGAAGUUGAGAAGAGCAGGAGCAGCAGAGAGGCAUUUCUGAAGAUCACGCUGCACUUCCUGCGGAGAAUGAAGCAGGAGCAGCUGGCUGACUGUCUGCAGAGCAAAACUCCUGGUGUAGUUUGUCGGCGUAAACUCAAAUCUGGCCUGAAGGACAAGUUCCAGUGUUUGUUUGAGGGGAUCGCUAAAGCAGGAAACCCAACCCUUCUGAAUCAGAUCUACACACCGCUCUACAUCACAGAGGGAGGGACUGCAGAGGUCAAUGAUGAACAUGAGGUCAGACAGAUUGAAAUAGCGUCAAGGAAACCAGUCACACCAGAAACAACCAUCAGACAUGAAGACAUCUUUAAAGCCUCACCUGGAAGAGAUGAACCAAUCAGAACAGUGAUGACAAAGGGAGUGGCUGGCAUUGGGAAAACAGUGUUAACACAGAAGUUCACUCUGGACUGGGCUGAAGACAAAGCCAACCAGGACAUACACUUCACAUUUCCAUUCACUUUCAGAGAGCUGAAUGUGUUGAAAGAGAAGAAGUACAGCUUGGUACAACUUGUUCAACACUUCUUUACUGAAACCAAAGAAGCAGGAAUCUGCAGGUUUGAAGAGUUCCAGGUUGUGUUCAUCUUUGACGGUCUGGAUGAGUGUCACCUUCCUCUGGACUUCGACAACAAUGAGAUCCUGACUGAUGUUACACAGUCCACCUCAGUGGAUGUGUUGCUGACAAACCUUAUCAGGGGGAAAUUGCUUCCCUCUGCUCGCCUCUGGAUAACCACACGACCCGCAGCAGCCAAUCAGAUCCCUUCAGAGUGUGUCGACAUGGUGACAGAGGUCAGGGGGUUCACUGGCCCACAGAAAGAGGAGUACUUCAGGAAGAGAUUCAGAGAUGAGGAGCAGGCCAGAACCAUCAUCUCCCACAUCAAGACAUCACGAAGCCUCCACAUCAUGUGCCACAUCCCAGUCUUCUGCUGGAUCACUGCUACAGUUCUGGAGGAUGUGUUGAAAAGCAGAGAGAAUGGAGACUUGCCCAAGACCCUGACUGAGAUGUACAUCCACUUCCUGGUGGUUCAGUCCAAACUGAAGAACAUCAAGUAUGAUGGAGGAGCUGAGACAGAUCCACACUGGAAUCCAGAGAGCAGGAAGAUGAUCGAGUUUCUUGGAAAACUGGCUUUUGAGCAGCUGCAGAAAGGCAAUCUGAUCUUCUAUGAAUCAGACCUGAGGGAGUGUGGCAUCGAUAUCAGAGCAGCCUCAGUGUACUCAGGAGUUUUCACACAGGUCUUUAAAGAGGAGAGAGGGCUGUACCAAGAAAAGGUGUUCUGCUUCGUUCAUCUGAGCGUUCAGGAGUUUCUGGCUGCUCUUCACGUCCAUCUGACGUUCAUCAACUCUGGAGUCAAUCUGCUGGCAGAAGAACAAACAUCCCAGAAGUCUGAAGAUAAACAAAAAUCUGCAAUGACACAGGUCUACCAGAAUGCUGUGGACAAGGCCUUACAGAGUCCAAAUGGACACCUGGACUUGUUCCUCCGCUUCCUCCUGGGUCUUUCACUGAAGACCAAUCAGACUCUCCUACGAGGUGUGCUGACACAGGCAGGAAGUAGCUCACAGACCAAUCAGGAAACAGUCAAGUACAUCAAGAAGAGGAUCAAUGAGGAUCUGUCUGCAGAGAGAAGCAUCAAUCUGUUCCACUGUCUAAAUGAAGUCAAUGAUCGCUCUCUAGUGGAGGAGAUCCAACAGUACCUGAGUUCAGGAAGUCUCUCCACAGAUGAACUGUCUCAUGCUCAGUGGUCAGGCCUGGUCUCCAUCUUACUGUCAUCAGAUAAAGAUCUGGAUGUGUUUGACCUGAAGAAAUACUCUGCUUCAGAAGAAGCUCUUCUGAAACUGCUGCCAGUGGUCAAAGCCUCCAAAAAAGCUCUGCUGAGUGUCUGUAACCUCUCAGAGAGAAGCUGUGCAGCUCUGUCUUCAGUUCUCGUCUCCCAAUCGUCUUGUCUGAGAGAGCUGGACCUGAGUAACAACAGCCUGCAGGAUUCAGGAGCAAAGAUGCUGUCUGCAGGACUUGAAAGUCCACACUGUACACUGGAAACUCUCAGACUGUCGGGAUGUCUGAUUAAGGAAGAAGGCUGUGCUUCUCUGGCCUCAGCCGUGAGCUCUAACCCCUCCCAUCUGAGAGAGCUGGAUCUCAGCUACAAUCAACCAGGAGACACAGCAGUGAGGCUGCUAAAUGCUGGAGUGGAGGAUCCACACUGGAGUCUAGACACACUCAGAGUGCAGCCUGCUGGAGACCGAUGGUUGACACCAGGUCUGAGGAAGUAUGCCUGUGAACUCACGCUGGAUUCAAACACAGUAAACACAAAACUCAAACUGUCUGACAACAACAGGAAGGUGACAUAUGUGGAGGAGGAUCAGUCCUAUCCUGAUCAUCCAGACAGAUUUGAAGUCUGGCCUCAGCUGCUGUGUAGAGAUAGUCUGACUGGUCGCUGUUACUGGGAGGUUGAGUGGAGUGGCAAGGGUUACGUAUCAGUGACGUACAGAGGAAUCAGAAGGAGAGGGCGCAGUAAUGACUGCAGGUUUGGAGGGAAUGAUCAGUCCUGGAGUCUGUACUGCUCUGAUAGUGGUUACUCUAUCAAUUGCAAUAAUACUGGAAUAGUCAUCCCAUCUUCCUCCUCCUCUGUCUCUAACAGAGUAGCAGUGUAUGUGGACUAUCCUGCUGGCACUCUCUCAUUUUACAAAGUCUCCUCUGACACACUGAUUCACCUCUACACCUUCAACACCACAUUCACUCAACCUCUUUAUCCUGGGUUUGGAUUUGGGUUUGGGGUAGGGUUCUGGGCUGGUAAGUGUGGCUCCUCAUUGUCUCUGUGUUCUCUGUAG